GGAUGUCCAUAAAAUGUAAUAAACACGCAUCUGCGUAUAUAACAAUGACACAUUACCUAACCUGUGUGUAGAGGGUAGACGUACCUGUAUAUUGGUCCUCAGAAAUACACAACCUCCCGUAAUGCUGCUUAGAAUUUUGGCGUUCGCUCUGUUAGGACAUGUAACUGUGAACGACGUAUCUGGAACAGCAAUUCAUUUGCUGCAUUUGGACAACACCACGUGUCCGUACGGGAUUCACCAUUUGAACGAACACGACUCCAUCCAAUUGGAAUGGGAUGGACGAAAACUGCCAUCUUACUGUAAAUUGUCCUUUAUUGGCAGAAGUCUAACAGAAGCUUUGGAUAAAUAUCAAGUCUGUGUGGAAAGCGUGGAAAUAUGACAUUGACACAUGCGAUUUCUCUAUGAAAUACUUCAACAUCAGUGGACCAACGGAGGAAUACACCUGCGAUGACGAUUCACCCCCCAAGUUCUGUGCUGAUGAAGACACAUAUCUUGACAUCAAAUUCUCCGCCGGAUCCUCCUCCACAUCCUUAUUGAUAUUAAUGCUUUCAGCAACUUAUACAUACCGUUAUCAAGAUUACAUGACCAGGGUAUACAUUGGAGUGGCCAUAGGUGUCAUUAUCUGUGUAGCUGCUGUGUGUGUUGUGCUGUAUAUAUUGUAUCGGCGGAGGAAUCUACAAGGAAGCCCAAGCGUGGUUAUGAAUUACACUACACCUGUCACGCAAAAACAAUUCGUUAUUACCGAAGUACCGCCAAUUCAGCCAAACAUACCAACCGGACAAGGUACAUAUCCAGCACAUCAAGCAACAAUUGUCGCUCCACAUUCAACACCUCUCUCACCGCCGACGUACUCAGAGUUGUUGACAGAUGAAACGAAACGUCCGUUGACUGGCUAGACAACGAUCAUUUUAUGAUUUUAUUUUCGAUAUUGACUUUGAUAAAUACGUUAAUUAGAGUUCACAUCAUAUUAUCAUUUCAAAUCUUUUAACAAUGAGUUUGAGUUUUAUUUUUAAGGCUUACUAACAGACCUUUCUGUUUGGAAUGAAUUAUGCAUACAGAUAUUCCUCAACAGAAUAAUUCUCUACCUUUUCAUUAUCAUAACUAUUGCAUAAACUUUCAUUCGAUUUGGAGAAAAAAUUAUCAUGAAUAACUCGUUAACUCCAAUACAACCUUUGUAUCUACUCCAAUAGUUGAAAUUAUUAUAUAAAUAAAAGAAACUAAAAGCUACAAAUAAUAAAGAAUAGAAUGCUACUAGAAUUAUGAUUCUAUAUUUAGAAAUUAUAUAUCUGGAAUUAUAACAUAGGGUCUCGUUACAAACGACGAUGUUUUUGCUGCUGCUGCUGCUGAUGAUUUUGAUAUACACAUAAUCCUAUUUUGUCUCAUUCUCCUUGUAUUGUAUCCAAGUGUCGUCACACAUGUCGGUAUGUGUGUUUGUCUUAUUCCUCGUUUUAUCCAUUUAUAGAAUAAAGGAUUCGUUACAAUGUCGGUAUUAUCCCUCGUUUUAUCAAUUAUAUAAGAUAAAGGAUUCGUUAUAAUGUCAUUAUUAUCCCUCGUUUUAUCAAUUAUAUAAGAUAAAGGAUUCGUUACAAUGUCGGUAUUAUCCCUCGUUUUAUCAAUUAUAUAAGAUAAAGGAUUCGUUACAAUGUCGGUAUUAUCCCUCGUUUGAUCAAUUUAUAGAAUAAAGGAUUCGUUACAAUGUCGGUAUUUCCUCUCGUUUUACCCAUUUAUAGGAUAAAGGAUUCGUUAUGAUGUCGGUAUUCGUGUUUGUAUCCCCCCUAAAUUGAUUGUUGUAGUAAAUUUGGUAGUUUCAUAAUUGGGAGAUACCCUUAAUGUUUUAGUAAAUUGGGUGGUUCCAUUAUUUGGAGAUACCUUGAUUGUUGUAGUAAAUUGGGUGGCUCCAUUAUUGGGAGAUACCCUUAUUGUUGUAGGAAAUUGGGUGGUUCCAUUAUUGGGAGAUACCCUGAUUGUCGUAGUAAAUUGGGUGGUUCCAUUAUUGGGAGAUACCCUGAUUGUUGUAGGAAAUUGGGUGGUUCCAUUAUUGGGAGAUACCCUGAUUGUUGUAGGAAAUUGGGUGGUUCCAUUAUUGGGAGAUACCCUGUUUGUUGUAGUAAAUUGGGUGGUUCCAUUAUUGGGAGAUACCCUGAUUGUUGUAGUAAAUUGGGUUGUUCCAUUAUUUGGAGAUACCCUAAUUGUUGUAGUAAAUUGGGUGGCUCAGUUAUUGGUCUAGACUGAAACUCGUCUAUGAACUUAUUACAAAUAGGAUGGUUUCCGUCAAAGCUACUCCAAAUUGAAUAUUUUCAGAGAAAUACAUUUAAUUGAAAUAUCCACAGACACAGCAGAGACAGUAAAUGAUAAAGUAUCUGUAACGGUCUCGGUAGUCACAGACUAUUGAUCACAAUGUCGUAGAAAUGAAUCAGUGUUCCCAUGUAUAAACUUCGGAUGUGUUCAUUACCGGUGUCAUUCUGAUAUGAUAGAAAUGAAGAGAUUGUUUUUUUUAUAUCUGUAUCUAUAUUUUAUUUAACCUGUUUGAUACGGAGACAAUGUAACCGCAGAGAAGAGUUUAUUUGAUUUUUGGAUAAAGCAUUGAUUAUUAUUAUUAUUGUUACCUUUGACGAAUUAUAAAGUUAAAAUAUCAAAA